AUGUCCCUCACCUUUGGAAUGCUGCUCUAUGAUGGCUGGGAGCUUAUGGACGCCCAAGCUCCCUUCUCCAUCUGGAUGAAGCUUGCGUCGCUGCAGCGACACUCUGGGAGCACCCUUCGCCACCAGUUUGUCACUGUUGGCGGGACAAAGUCCAACCCAAUCGAGUCCGUUUCUCACUUCUCGGUCCUCUGCGAUCAUGAUUUGGCCUCGUGCCCGCAGCUCGACGUUCUCGUCGUUCCAGGCGGCUUGGGCUCGGUUGCCGCUGCCCAAGACAUUGCUGUCACUGCCUUCAUCCAGAAGCAGGCCGGGGCCGCCAAGUGGAUCACGAGCGUCUGUACUGGCUCCUCGCUCCUGGCAGCCGCAGGUUUGCUGGAUGGACGCAAGGCCACCACGAACAAGUUUGCAUUUGGCAUGAUGGUCCUGUAUGGAGACAAGACCGAGUGGAUACACAAGGCCCGCUAUGUCAUUGACGGCAAGUAUGCCACCUCCAGCGGCGUCUCGGCGGGGGCCGACAUGGGCUUCGCCCUGGGCCGAUCGCUCUUUGGCAACGAGCUGGUCGAUAGGCUCUUGCACAACAUUCAGUACACUCCGAACGAGAUGGACGACGAUCCCUUCUCGCGUAUUCAUUCCCCUGGAGGCAAGUAG